AUGUUCAGUGCCGCUAUAACGGCCAGUUCCGACGUGAUAAAAUGCAAUCGGGACUCAGGAGAAGAAAAAUUGGAACUACCACAGAAAUGUCUGCCAGACCAGUAUUCCUUGACCACACUACUCAAUGAAUUUCAAUGCACAAAUAAUCCUCAUGAUCUGGAGGGAAAUCUUAACCGGAUUCUGGUGCUAAAUUCAUGUCUCAGUCUCGAAGAGCGACUUCACAAAUCACCUUCAGACAUAAAGACUUCGCAAGAAUUAAUGCGAAUAAUUGCCAAGCUUAUUCCUCCAGACGGCAACCUCAUCUCUCCGCCAAGUUCAUAUACUAGCGUAUCACACAAAAUAUCUGCCGACAAACAAAUAAAUCUUCAUCAAACCCGUCUUAUCGCCCUACUUGGUCUCAAAUCUCUGGCUCAAUUACGAAUCCUUCUCCCUGCCGAAACUUUGUUGGACGACCAAAUUAUUCUGAGCGUUCUUGCCUUCACUUCCAGCGUUGACCCAUGGACUACACCUACCAUUCUACAAAGUGCUGAGCAUUUUCUUUCCCUCCAAAAAUUCCAAAUUAGCAAUCAAGAAUUUAUAAAAAAUAGUAUACUAAUAUCUUUUAUUCGUCCAUUAUUUCUUACAUCCACCCUACCAAAGAUUACCGCAUCUGGUCGCGCAGCGACACUUCCUAUCACGCCUCCCAAGCCGCACGAUUUCGGUGUCUGGGAUAGAGUGUCAAAACCAUGGAGACUUGAUGCCUGUCACUCGUGCACGGUCCUCUUAUGGGCUGUCAUAAACGCUACUCAACAGACAACGCUUGAUUAUUUCAAUCUCAUGAUCCCUCCAAUAUUAACAUUGCUGGAUUUUCCACAUACGGCAAUUCGUCUUCGUGGUCUCCAAAUUCUUCUGCCAUUUCUGGAGAAAUCAACACCGAAGCUUCUUCAACAAACAGGUCUAGGCUCAGUCAUUGAAGAUGCAGUCCAACCCAUGUUACUCUAUUUACCACCUAUUACACCUCUAGAAGAAUCGCUCAGCCUUCUCCCAGUUGCCUUCACCGCCUCCUUUCAGAUACUAAACUCACGUUUUCCUGCCACAAGUCUAGAAAGUACGGGCUGUGGUAUCUCAAGUAGUCAGAAAUAUAGGCGUGAUUCCCUGACCAUCCUCCUACAGUCAGUAAUAUCUUCUUACCAACAUACUACCCUUUCAUCUGCUUCUGAUCCCACAAUUAAAGAAAUAAUCCUUGGCCAAAUACCAGAACUAGUACGAGGUCUUGGUAUUUAUUGUGUUGCUCACUUGCAUAAGUUAGUACCACUUAUUUCUGAUGUCCUACUUGAUUCUUUGGGGGCCAUUGAACCGACAUUGUUGUGGACCGCUGCACGAACUCUUCGAGAAAUAAUACUCUGUGCAUGGCCGCGGGUUAAAGAAUUAAGAUGGAGGAGAGAGAUUACUAGGAUUAUAGUUGGCUGUUGGAGUAUAAAUUUUAUGGAGAGAAAUACGGAUCAAAUUAGGAAUGAGAAACUAGAAGAGGUUUGCGAGGAACUAAAAGUCGUUGGAAGGGUCUUUGUGGAAGCGAUAAGAGCCUCUGGAAAUCCGGAUGUAAUUCAAGAGCUAGAGCUACUGUUAGAGCUUGAUAAGAAUCUCAUCAUCGUAUUCGGACUGACGGAGGUGGAGGAAGAAACGAAGACAAAGUGA